ACUCCUGUCGGCACCAGCGUCUACAACAUUCUCAUGGGAACGGAAGCUGGUGAUUCGGCUGUGGCUGGCUACAGUCCACCUGGGCUGGUUGGUACCAAGGCAUGUAAAGCCGAUACGUGCUGUGUAUGGUGGUAUAUUGCUCAAGCCAUGACACUUGCCUUCACCGGGCCUACUGGUCGCUGCAAUGGCUUUGCACGCGCAGCCAUCCGUCUUGGGUUCCACGAUGCAGGGUCGUGGUCAAGCUCUCUUGCAGCCGCCGGGCAAGACUUUGGUGGCGCUGAUGGAAGUAUAAUCCUUUCAGGCACCGAGAUCAAUAGAGCAGACAACAACGGCUUGCAAGCCAUUGCCAACCAAGCUCUCCUCUGGUCCAAGGUAUUUGGUGUCGGUGUCGCCGACAUCAUCCAGUUCGCAGCUGUCCACGCUGUGGUCACAUGUCCAUUGGGCCCUAGAACCCGCGUCUUCGUUGGCCGCAAGGACAGCAAGCAAGCCGCUCCCGAGGGCUUGAUGCCUUCUGUCACGAUGAGUGCAGACCAGAUCAUCAGCCUUUUUGAAGACAAGACGAUUCAGCCUCACGAUCUAGCUGCUCUGCUUGGUGCGCAUAGCACCAGCCAACAAUUCGUCACAGACAAGACGAAAGCUGGCUUCGGUCAAGAUUCUACACCCGGAGUAUGGGAUGUAGCCUUUUACAACGAAACUCUUCAGCCAGGAACAAACAGCAAGGUUUUCAAGUUUCAAAGUGAUCUUGUCACCGCAAACGACUCGAGAGUUAGCGACGAGUGGCAAUCUUUCAUUGGAGACCAGAGUCACUGGAACGGGGACUUUGCUUCCGCCUACGUCAGGCUGAGUAUGCUUGGUGUCAACAACAUCAAUAAUUUGACAGAAUGUACAAAAGUCUUGCCAGCCGAGAAGAAGACAUUU